AACACACACACACAGAGAACACGCACACACACACACACGUUGGAAUCAGUCUGUCUGCGACCACCAUGAGGAGCUGCUAACACACUUACUCAGGCGGGCAUCAAACUUUCUUAAGCUGUUUUUUAGACCCUUGAACGAAGAAUCACUUGAAGGAAACAGUACGCUCGACGGUCUGGACCACGUCCUACACCUUUUUUUGACUGUGUGAGGGGAAGUGAAAAGCAGUUUUAAUGAACCAGUACACGCUAGCCGACACCAUGACCGAUAAAGGAAACUUGACAGUUCCCAAACUGUCGGAGUCCAAUAUGGGAUUUGGCGUGCUCGGAGUGUUCCUGGGUCUGCUCCUGGAGGUGUCCACCCACGGACCCCAUUCUGUUCCUCGGACUUCGUGGAGAUAUCAAGAUUUAGAGCUGUUGGAGUUUUCUGAGCCGGGCAUCUUCAACUACUCCACACUACUGCUGAGCGAGGACAGAGAUGCUCUAUACGUGGGCGCCAGGGAAGCCAUCUUUGAACUUAGUAAGAAGAACGUCACCAUCCAGAACAACAAGGCUCUGUGGCAGGUUGGCGACAGCCCCAUAGCCAUGUGCACCAUCAAGGGGAAGUCAAAAGAGACCGACUGUCUUAACUACAUCCAAGUGCUGCAGGUCAUCGACAACAAGCGGUUAUACAUCUGUGGGACAUAUGCCUUUCAACCCCAGUGUGAUUACUUGAACUUGGCUGACUUUUCCCUGGAGGGUCGAGCCGAAGACGGCAGGGGGAAGUGCUCUUUCGACCCUUCGCAGAGCUUCACCACCGUCAUGGUUGAUGGAGAGCUGUACUCGGGGACUGCAUAUAACUUCUUGGGGAGUGAGCCCAUUAUUUCCAAAUACUCACCAUCUCAGUCUCUACUGAGGACGGAGUAUACCACGUCAUGGCUCAAUGAGCCGAGUUUUGUUUUCGCUGAUGUGAUAAGGGAAGGAGAUACCACAGUGGAUGGCGAGGAUGAUAAAAUCUACUACUUCUUCACCGAGGUGUCCGUGGAGUACGAGUUCUUUGGCAAUCUGCUCAUUCCGAGAGUGGCACGUGUUUGUAAGGGUGAUCUUGGAGGACAGAGGACACUGCAGAAAAAGUGGACAUCUUUUCUAAAAGCCAAGCUGGUGUGUUCCAUGCCCGAGCUCAACUUUGUCUUCAACGUGGUACAUGAUGUCUUCAUCCUGAAGGGAGCAAGUUUGAAAGACACGGUCAUCUAUGGGGUCUUCACGUCCCAGUGGGGUAAUGUGGGCUUGUCGGCCGUGUGCGCCUACAACUUGACCACGGUGGAGAAGGUCUUCUCUGAGGGCAAGUACAUGCAGAAAGCCACGGUGGAGCAGUCCCACACCAAGUGGGUGCGCUACAACGGCAUCACUCCGUCACCACGUCCCGGAGCAUGUAUCAACAGCCACAUGCGGCAGCAGAACAUAAACAGCUCCCUGCACCUCCCAGACAAAACCCUGCAGUUUGUCAAAGACCACCCCCUGAUGGAGGACCCGGUCCUCCCCGUGGGCAACAGACCCCGCCUCGUUACCAAAGACGUCAACUACACACAGGUUGUGGUCGAACGGGUCCGCGCACUUGAUGGCAACAUCUAUGACGUCAUCUUCACCACAACAGAUACGGGGGUCCUGCACAAGUCGGUGGUUAUCGGCGGAGUCGUCCACAUUGUGGAAGAGAUCCAGCUCCUUAAGAAGUCGGAACCCAUCAAGACCUUAGUGCUGUCGUCCGAAACGCGAUCCAUAUAUGCUGGUUCCGACUCGAGGGUGGUGCAGUCACCCACAUCCUUCUGUGGCAAGUACCGAUCCUGUGACGACUGCAUACUGGCCCGAGACCCUUACUGCGCCUGGGACCCUCACAAUGCUCACUGCGUCAACAUCCUUGAUGCACCCGAACAGCAUCUUAGGAGGCUAAUACAGAGUCUUAAUGGUGAUGCAGACAAAUGUCCUAAAGCGCCAGGUAUGUCUCUGAAGGACUACCAACUAGUGACUGUGAAGCCAGGGAGCUCUGCCGAGCUGCCCUGCCUGCUGCGCUCCAAUAUGGCGCACGUGCUGUGGAAAUCCAACGGUUCGCUUCUCACCGAGGCCUCCCGCUUCCACUUCAUCCGUGAGAACGGCCUCCUCAUUUACAGCGUGGCUCCAGAGGAUCAAGGCCGCUAUGAGUGCUGGUCGGUGGAGUUCGCCGCCGCUGUUGGGAAGAACUUCACCAGCCUCCAGGCAGGAUACGUCUUGAGUCUCCAUCUCCCGCCAAGAGGCCCGCGUGUGGGCGGCAACGCAGCGGCGACGACAACCCUCCAGAACCGAGAGACCUUAAGCGCACGUGAUGGCGAAGGUAACGUUGACACCGACGGAGCGCUAACUCCAGCCCUUGCCCCUCCCAAUUUCACAGCUCCGGUGAUGCUCACAUCCCCGCCCCACUCUUCACUAACCCCGCUCCCGACAAAGUUGCUGCCAAAGCAGCAUCUCCCGCCAAGCGGCAGCGCGACCCGCCCUGACAACGCCAAGCCCGAGGCGGAAUACUUGCAGCAAAGCAACAGCAUAGCGCUCCUCUUCCUCUUCCUCCUCUUUUUCCUGCUCUUCCUGGCCGCCAUGGCGUACAACUGCUACAUGCAGUACCUCCCGGCGCCCUGCCUGCGCCUGCGGGCGACCUUGCUGGGCACACACAAAACCGCCAGUCAGCCUGAGUACCGCGCCUGUGAAGCAGGCCUCAUGGAGGCACCCGGCACAGACAAAAUUAACAUGACGGAGCCUACGCCCACGCAGAACGGCAGCCAGAAUCUGCGGGCGCUGCGCGACACCGGCUACGAGACGGAACCGGAGUGCGGCAACGGUCGGGUCCUUUCCCACAGUUUUGGAGAUGAAAGCUCAUCCCAGGAGAAACCCUUUGACGUGGACUGCGCCUCCCAGCCUAUACAGUUUGCAGAUGCAGAUGAACCUUACUGCUAGCCUGAAACCU